GAAAAAGAUCCUAGAACCAAAGAUGCUCUUUCUAAUUGUCAAGAUCUAGCUGUAACCGCAGCAGACGACCUCGAUAGAUCCUAUACACAAAUGAGUAAAAUGGAGUUAGUUCAGGUGGAUGACAUUCUAGAUAAUUUGAAGACAUGGCUUAGCGCCGCCAUGACUUACCAAGAAACUUGCCUUGACGGGUUCGAGAACACGACCGGAGAUGCCGGGGAGAAGAUGCAAAAGAUUUUGAAGCUUGGAAUGCAACUUACAAAUAAUGGCCUGGCUAUGGUCACUGAGAUCUCCAAGGCACUGUCCUCUGCCGGCAUGGAAGGUGGGAUGUCCCGACGACGACUUCUUUCUUCUAGCAACGAAGGCGGAGAAUACCCUUCUUGGAUCGGGCCACAAGCGAAGAGACUUCUGUCAGAGAGAAGAAGAGCGAUAAAGAUUGAUUUGGUGGUUGCUAAAGAUGGGAGUGGAAAGUUUACUAGUAUUAAUAAAGCUCUCUUGUCUAUUCCUAGAAAUAGUGAGAAAGUAUUUGUCCUCUAUGUUAAGGAAGGAGUGUACGAGGAGAAGGUCCAGGUUGAUAGGAACUUGACAAGUUUGAUGAUGCUUGGAGAUGGUCCCGAAAAGACAAGGAUCACCGGAAGUUUGAAUUUCAUCGACGGAGUUGGCACUUUCCACACCGCAACCGUCGCUGUGCUUGGAGACCGUUUCAUUGGUUCCGGUAUAGGAUUCGAGAACUCUGCCGGCGCGGAGAAGCAUCAAGCCGUGGCUCUUAGGGUUGGGGCAGACUUAUCCAUAUUCUACAAUUGUCACAUGGAUGGUUACCAAGACACGCUUUACACUCACACUUAUCGUCAAUUCUAUCGCAAUUGCCAGAUCUCCGGAACUAUUGACUUCAUAUUCGGCGAUAGCUCAGCCGUCUUCCAAAACUGCACCAUGUUGGUCCGUAAGCCAAUGGAAAACCAAGCCAACAUCGUCACCGCUCAAGGCCGAAAGAUUGACCGACAACCUACGGGCAUUGUCCUCCAAAACUGCUCUAUUGUCGCUGAUCCCGCCCUUUAUCCUCUUCGUAAAACCCUCAAGUCUUAUCUUGCCAGGCCUUGGAAAGAAUUCUCCAGGACCAUUAUAAUGGAGUCGUAUAUCGACGACUUGAUCGAUCCCGAAGGAUUCUUACCGUGGAAUGGUACGUUUGCAUUGGACACUCUCUAUUACGCCGAGUACAACAACUAUGGACCGGGAUCUUCCAAGGCAAAUAGACUCAAAUGGGCUGGGAUUAAGGAGAUCAAUCGGACCGAAGUCAAGCAAUUUACCGCAAAUAAAUUCUUGGGUGGAGAGAUAUGGGUCAGACCGAGACGUAUUCCGAUGUAUCCGGGGUCAAACAAAACCAAUUACAUUCCCUUCGAUUCAUGGUUUACUCGUGCAGCCCCUAAAGACAAUGAAACAGAUUCGGAUGACUCAAGUAGUCCAACUUCAAAAAGUCCUACUGCCAGCCCUAGCCCGAAAGAGAAAACUUCAACCCCAAGUCCAAGCCCAAGCUCAAGCUCGAGCCCGAAGGAAGACAAUAAGCAGAGUCCAAGCUCAAGUCCGACCUCGAGUUCAAGCCCUAGCUCAAGUCCGACCUCGAGUUCAAGCCCUAGCUCAAGCCCGGAGGAAAGCAAUAAGAAGAGUUCAAGCCCUAGCCCUAGCCCGAGCUCCAGCUAG